ACACUGACAGCAGACAGCAGGCAGCGGGCAGCAGGUGACUCUGCAGUCUCUUCUGCAGGGCGAAGACGUCGAGAAUAAGGAAAAAGAAGGGUUGCGUCGCCCCUUUCCCUCUUAUCCUUCAGGAGGGGGAGCUAAAUUGGUUGUAUAAAAGGAGCGACUCGGCCUCUUCUAGCCAUCAGUUACCGACCAUGGGAAUAGGAAGAAUCUCGAGGUUUUCGGCUUUCGCCGUACUUGUUCUCUGUAUAGUCCAAACUACAGGGUUAACAAGAAUUAAACGAGCUAGGCUAGAAGGUUUAGAACGUGGAUAUUUACCCCCCUCGAGUGGAGGAAAUGCUCAGUCUGGUCAGGGUUUCAGACCGCCCCAAGGUCCUAGUGGAGGCAGCCCCUCGGGUUCGUACGGAGCUCCACAGGGUGGACAAGGCGGCUUUGGAGGUGGUGCUCCUUCCGGUUCCUAUGGCGCACCACAUGGUGGGCAAGGGGGCUUUGGCGGAGGUGCUCCACAAGGUGGACAAGGAGGCGCUCCUUCGGGUUCUUUCGGUGCGCCCCAGGGAGGACCCGGCGGUCACGGAGGAUUCGGAGCAACUGCCCCUUCCAGUUCGUACGGCGCACCCCAAGGUGGUCAAGGAAGCUUUGGAGGUGCUCCUUCGAACGCCUAUGGUGCACCACAAGGCGGUCAGGGAGGGCACGGAAGCCAAGGAGGAUUUGGUGGUAGUGCACCUUCCAGCUCCUACGGCGCGCCACACGGUCACCAAGCAGGUGGAGCACCGUCCGGCUCUUAUGGAGCUCCUCAAGGAGGCCACGGAGGGUCACAAGGGGGUGGCUUUGGGGGUAGCGCCCCUUCUGGUUCUUAUGGUGCUCCGCAAGGCCCGUCGAGGGGCGUUGGCGGUUCCGGGGGAAGACCGACCAAUAACUACCUGCCACCGACUCAGGGAAGCGGAGGAAGACCAUCUUCUUCGUACGGUGCACCCAAUGCCGGCCCUGGAGGUAGACCUUCGUUCGGAAAUGGAAGAGGAAGCUCAGGAGGUGGAAGUCCUUCACCUUCUUAUGGGGCACCUCAGGGCGGAUUAAGUGGAGGAGCCAGACCUUCAUCUUCAUACGGUGCACCACAAAGAGGACCUGGAGGAAAUGCUAAUGGACGCCCAUCAUCUUCAUAUGGAGCACCGAACCAAGGACAACCUGGACCAAGCAGAGGUCCUGGAGGUUCUCAAGGUGGAUACCCAGGUGGUGCUCCAGGAGCACAAGGCGGAUACCCUGGAGGGUCUCCAGGCGGAUACCCUGGUGGGUCUCCAGGCGGAUACCCUGGUGGGUCUCCAGGCGGAUACCCUGGUGGAUCUCCAGGCGGACAAGGUGGAUACCCAGGUGGUGCUCCAGGAACACAAGGUGGAUACCCUGGUGGCUCUCCAGGUGGACAAGGUGGAUACCCAGGCGGACAAGGUGGGUACCCAAGUGGUGUUCCAGGAGGACAAGGAGGACACGGAGGAUAUCCUAAAGGUCCUUCUGGUGGUCAGAGUGGCUUUCCUGGAAGUUCUCCUGGCGGACCAGGUGGAUAUCCAAGUGGCGGGCACAGUGGUGGCAGACCGGGAGGACAAUCUGGUGGCUACCCAUCAGGUGGGCCUGGUGGAUUUGGACCAUCCGGAAGCCAAGGUGGUUUCCCAUCGGGUGGAUCUAGCGGAUAUCCUUCAGGAGGAUCGGGAGGUUUUGGACAAAAAACAAAUCCUGACGGAAGUUACGUUUAUUGAAUUGUGCCAUUGGAAAACUGAAAAUGUGUAUUAAAUUGGUUAUUAUUAAACAAAAAAAUACUAAAA